AUGGCGCAUGGCGGUGUGAGUGGCCCCAGCGCCAGCGUGCAGGCCCGGCCGCCGGUCCCUGCCGCUGCCGUGGCAGCGUUGGGCCCAGAUGCCGCUGCAGCCUGCCCCCAUCCUCUGGACGCCGGCACAGGCCGCAGUGGCGAGCUGGGAGGCGUUCCGGCGCCCCGGGAGGCAUUCCCGGGGCAGUCCAGCACCAGGCGGUUGCAAUUGAAGGAUCCUUCCUCUAUUAUUCACAGUUCAGGAUGGAAUAAAGUAGCUCCUCCCACCCCAUCAGAAACUACCAGCCGGCAAACUCCGGAGAGUGACACUUCAGGCAGCACGGUAUCUGAAUAUGCAACAUACAGCACAGGUCCAUCUAAAACUACAGAAGAUGCUAAGGAACAGAUGGAGGAAAUCCCUGAUUUAGAAGUAAUGAAGUAUAAUAUCACCAUAAAGGAAUUUUCUACUAAUGAUGUGAUGACGAGUAUCACAUUAGCCCAGCCAACUAUUCUUGAACUAUUAUGCACUUUAGACAUUAAAACGUUGGCAGAAAGGGCUACAAUUGAGGUCACAUGGAGGAUGGGUAAUACAACAGUCAAAGACGAAAAUGUCACUAAGGACCAACACCAAAACGUUUGGAGCAGUCAGUAUAUGGCACAUAUAAAAAACAAAGACCAAUUGGGAAAUUAUGCAUGCAUCUUCAAGACGGAAAAAAAAGCAGAAGGUAGAUUUGAUGUGCGAGUGCCUAAAACAGAAGGAAAAUCCAAGUCUAUAAUUAGUUACGUAGGUGAUUCCGUAGUCAUGUCAUGUAACAGUGGCAAAUAUGUUCCCUCGGACUGGGUCUGGUAUACAAAGAAUGGAAGUGAAAAGGUUAUUAUUAAUGAUACUCUGAGACCAGAAAAAUACGAAGUCUUCCCGAAAAAUCGCAAUAUAACAAAACUGAAGGUGCUGGAUAUCAAUCAGAAGGAUGGAGGUUCUUACUGGUGUGAAGCUGUAUUUUUGCAACUAGGUGAAAGCACAGGGAAUUCAUCCCUUAAAGUUCUGACCUAUAUGGAACCUCUCAAACUAUUUCUUGCAAUAGCCGCUGAAGUCAUUAUUUUAGUAGCUUUUAUUUUCAUCUAUGAAAUAUACACCAAAAAGAAAGAACCUAUUGCUGAAGGUGAAAAAGAAUUUGAACAAACGGAACAACUAAAAUCAGAGGACAGCAAUGGUGUGGAAAAUAGUACUACUAGACACAGAAAAGUCUAAGUGCCUUGUGAGAAGAUGGCAGGACAAAGGGAACCGAUUAGUCGUAUAAGAAAACUACAGGAAAAUGUAUUCAGCAAAGCCAUAUAUAAUUGGCACCUGGUGACGGCCUUUUAGAUGUGUUAGGAAAAAUAACAUUGCUUAGAAAAUGCCUUUAUAUUAAUAAAUGUAUCAA